CCUCCAACACCACCACUAAACACUACUAGCACCACUACAAUGUCGUUCAAUAAUACUGAGUCAUUCACCAAUGACUUGGAGAGAACAGCCACCAAUAAAUCGCUGCAUUACAAGGAUUAUCCCGAGUAUGAAACGACAUCUCAACUUAUAGAUAAGCAAUUACACCACAUUAAUUCAAAACUACUACCCAGUUUACGAAGCCAAAUUAGUGAAUUAAAUAAAAAUCCAGAUAGUACUACUCAGUCAGGAACCAUAACCACGACUGUAGAUACCAUCACAAGUCAAUAUAAAGAAAUAAAUGAGAAUAUCAAGUCAUUGAACAAGAUUAUUAAUACUAUCGAAUCGAGUCAUGAGGACAUCGAAGUGUUGAACUAUCUCAAGCAGAAGGAAAGUAUUCAGAUCAAGUUGGUGAGAGACAGUCUCAAUAACUUCAAGAAUUACCAGAAACGAUUUGAAGGUUUGCACGGUAAGAUCUCACCUUCUGAAGCAUUGGUACAAGCGCAAUCACAAGCACAAGCACAAGGUGAAAAUGAGGGACAAGUACAUAAUCAAGACCAAGUACAAGUUCAGUUGACGUAUGAACCUGUAAAUGCUGAAGAGUUGGAGCAGCAGACACUUAUUAUUGCAGAGAGAGAACGAGAACUUCAUCGUAUUCAUCAGGAUACGCAGACUAUAAAUGAUAUAUUCCAGAACUUAGCAGGCAUAGUUAAUGAGCAACAGUUUCAAAUCGAUAAUAUUGAAAGUAAUAUCUUCAGUUAUAGUGAGGAUGUACGUACUGCUAGUCAUCAUUUACAAAGGGCUGAAAGAAGUCAACGAUCAUCUACCGGUAGAAUGUGUUGUUGUUUGGUUAUAUUAGGGAUUGUGUUAGGAUUAAUAGUUGUAGUGACAUUUAUUUAG